UCAAGGAGAGAGAGAGAGAGGGAGAGGGAGAGGGAGAGAGGGAGUGGAGAGAAAAUGGGGGAGAAGAGGACAGUGUGCGUGACAGGAGCGGGUGGGUAUGUAGCUUCUUGGCUGGUGAAGCUUCUUCUCUCCAAUGGCUACAGUGUCCACGGAACCGUCAGAGAUCCUCAGAAUGAUAAAAAUGCUCACUUGAAGAAGCUUGAAAAAGCAUUAGAGAACCUGAAACUCUUCAAGGUAGAUCUGCUGGAUUACAAUUCUCUUUCUGCAGCCAUCACAGGAUGCGAUGGAGUGUUCCACGUGGCCUGUCCUGUUCCCUCCGGCAGUGUCCCGAACCCGGAGGUAGAAUUAGUUGAGCCUGCUGUAAAAGGUACACUUAACGUGCUCAAGGCAUGUUCUGAAGCAAAUGUCAAGCGAGUGGUGGUUGUAUCUUCUGUAGCUGCCAUUUUACUGAGCCCUGAUUGGCCCAAGGGUCGAGUUAAGGAUGAAAGUUGCUGGUCUGAUAAGGAAUACUGCAGAAGAACUAAUAAUUGGUAUUGUCUUUCAAAAACAGAAGCAGAAAGUGAGGCUAUAGAGUUUGCGAAAGUAAGCGGGCUUGAUGUUGUGACAGUUUGUCCAUCCUUGGUUUUAGGGCCAAUGCUCCAACCAACGGUUAAUUCUAGUAGUUUGAUCCUCAUAAAGCUUUUGAAAGAAGGAUAUGAGGAACUGGAAAACAGGUUGCGCAAUAUAGUAGACACACGAGAUGUAGCUGAAGCACUGUUAUUGGCAUACGAGAAGCCUGAAGCUAAAGGGAGAUACAUAUGCACAGCUCACACAAUCAGGUCACAAGAUCUGGUGGAAAUACUCAGGAGGCUUUACCCUAACUACAACUAUCCUAAGAAAUUUACUGAGGCAAACGAAGGAGAAGGGCUUACAGAAGGGCUCACAGAAGAAGGGCUCAGUUCAGAGAAAUUGCAGGAAAUGGGUUGGAGUUACAGACCAUUAGAAGAAACUCUUGUUGAUUCCAUUGAAGGCUACAGAGAGGCUGGACUUUUGGACUAAAAAGGGCUUUCCGUUCUCUUGUAGUUUUCGCUGGUUGUGUACCAUCAAACAUUCUCCUCCUUUUUACAGCCUGUUCGUUAUAGUCACUGCUCUAUAGAUUAUGGGCUUGUUUGUUUAGUCUACUGCUUUUGGCAGCAGUUCUUGUUGAUCUGAUAUAUGGCACUAGAACGUGAGAUAUUGUCACUAUUCCACGGAGAUUCUCUUCUUGUAAAUGAUAUUGUGGAUAGCAGAAGCUCUAUUUUGCUGCUUCUUACUUCUUGUGGUUGUGGACAA